AUGAGAGUUGUAAUUAUCGGCGCAGCUGGCCAAACCGGGUCGGUCAUUGUGCACGCCUUACUGGAGUCGACAGCGCCGACAUUUGAAGUUGUGGCCCUGACCAGGCCCUCAUCCGUGAAUAAGCCAGCAGUGCUCGAGCUGCAGAAGAAAGGUGUCAAGAUUGUCUCCGUUGACCUCGGUGGCCCGGAGUCAACCUUGACAGAGGUUCUGGUUGGAGCAGACGUCGUAAUCUCUACCAUCUACGGCGGUAGCGUGAUGGAAGAGGUUCCGUUGAUCAAUGCAUCCAAAGCUGCGGGUGUGAAGCGGUACCUGCCCUGCUUCUUCGCCACUGUGGCCCCACCCAAGGGGGCACUUCGCUUGAGAGAUAUGAAGGAAGAUGUAUUAAAUCAUAUAAAGAAGAUCCACCUACCCUUCACCGUCGUGGAUAUUGGUUGGUGGUAUCAAGUCAACUUGCCAAAGCUUCCAUCGGGUCGUAUCGACUACGCAGCUAUGGAGACUGCGGAUGGUAUUGCUGGAGAUGGCAAUGUACCAUUUGCUUUGACCGAUGUACGAGAUAUAGGGAGCUACGUGGCUCGAAUCAUCAAUGAUCCUCGAACUCUGAAUCGAAUGGUAUUCGCGUACAAUGAGGUCUGGACGCAAAAUCGGGUCUACGAUUUAUUGGAAAGACUGAGCGGGGAGAAGCUAGAGCGCAAAUAUCAGGUUCCUGCCGAGACCAUUGAGGCCAGCAUAGCUGAAAUCGAAGCGACUUCGCCCAGUCCAGAUUCUUUGGAAUUUGUGGUACUGUCACAGUACCAAUAUUGGUACUCUUGUGGUGUUCGGACAGAUAAUACUCCCGAGUACGCGGCUUAUUUGGGAUAUUUGAACACGCAGGAGCUCUAUCCUGAUUUCGAAAGGAGGAGUUUUAGGUCGUAUGUACAGGAAGUCCUCAACGGACACGGGAAAAGAGUCUACGAGCACCUGAAGGACUUACCGGCUGCUAGUGUAGACAAGAAGGCGCAACAGACGGACACUAUGGUAGAGGGUUGA